CAUUUUGGAUCGGGCAGUUUCUAGGCUGGAUGUGUAUUGUCUGUCAGAGAAAAGAAUGGGCAAAACGAUAUCGGCUGCCAGGCAAUGAUAGGCAGAUUUUAGGCAAUCUAUUUGAAAGAGUGGGUGCGCCGGUAGUUGUUCCCGACAAUAGGACAUGUGUCCGCACUCUCCACUCCGGGGAAUGGAGGUUUUAAUUGUCUGAUGAGGCUCGGAGGCUUUCUGUUCCCGUUUGCCGACCAGUGGGAAGAGUAUAGCCCGUUUCGGCGAGGAAGAGUCGGGUUUGGAGGGUAGACCGACCGACGGCCGGGUGGCUGGUUCUCCACCACGAAGACAGUUGUCACCUGAAAGGAUAUUACCGAGCUAUCUGAGGGAAAGCGAACGCGUCCAUACAUCGCCUCAGUCAUCCUGAGGUGACACAUUUCACACAGACGGGAGCACUGAAUGUGAAAGCAGGCGGGCAGAAUGUUCCAGCUCCCCGCCAAUAACCUGGGCAGUCUGCGGAAAGCGAGGAAAAAUGUCAAGAGAGUCCUGGGAGACAUCGGCUUGGAGUUCUGUAGAGAUCACCUAGAGGACUACAAAGACUUCACUCCUCCAGAAGUGUAUAUGAAGCACACUAGCUGGGAAGAUGUGUGCAUGUGGGAACCAUCACAUACCAAAGUCCAGGACUACAGAUCAAAGCCGUUCUGCUGCACUGGCUGCCUCUUUUCAUCCAAGUACUUCUCUGCAUACAAGAGCCAUUUCCGCAAUGUCCACAGCGAGGACUUUGAGAACAACAUUCUGCUCAACUGUCCCUACUGCACUUACAAUGGCAACAAAAAGACUCUGGAAACGCACAUCAAACUUUUCCACAUGCCUAACAGUGCCGUGCGGCAGGGCCCCGGUGGAAUGGUGGUGGGAACCGGUGGACUCGUGAUGAAGGACGGGGUGCUAAAAAGGACCGGGGACAGUGUGGAACAGGCGGUGUACUACUGCAAAAAGUGCACCUACAGGGACCCUUUGUACAAUGUAGUGCGAAAGCACAUCUACAGGGAACACUUCCAGCAAGUGGCCCAGCCCUAUAUUGUGAAACCAGGAGAUAAGGCAAAUGCUCAGAAUGGUGCCACAGGGAAUACAGAGGGUAACAACACAAACAAUGGUAACAGUAACCAGAUUCACUGCAAGAAGUGUCUCUUUGUUCCUCGGACCUACGAGGCACUUGUCCAACACGUCAUUGAGGACCAUGAAAGGAUUGGCUACCAGGUGACUGCCAUGAUUGGCCACACCAGUGUGAUAGUCCCCCGUCCAAAACCCAUCAUCAUGGUACCCAAAACCCUGGGGGACAAGACUAUCAUUGGGAUGGGCCCUAAAGGUGCAGUAAUGGCCACCACCAGGUCUCCUGGCUCCCAGCAGCUGGGCCGAGUUAUCAUCGCAUCAAAGACGGGCUUCAACGCUCAAAGUCUUCUAUCUGGGAUGAAACAUGAUGGAGUAAGGUUAAAGGGCCAGACGUUCUCUAUUGGCAGCCAGCAGGUGAGGGUUACUCUACCAGGGAACGCCCAGGUUUCUGUUCCCCAGCAGUCGCAUGCAGCAAAGCAGCUACUUUCUGGCGGCAGCCUGCGGAGUCCAAUUGUGGUCAGUGCCUCUUCUUCACUCAAAUCCAACUCUCUGGGUUCCCGUGUCCAGGCAGCAGCUACUACUGUAGCCUCAGUCACGGCCAAGAAAGGUGGCUCCUCAGUUCUUGGCACAUCCUACACACAGAAGUGGAAAAUCUGCACUAUCUGCAAUGAGCUCUUCCCGGAGAACGUAUACAGUUCUCAUUUUGAGAAGGAGCACAAAGCGGAGAAGGUGCCGGCUGUAGCCAACUACAUCAUGAAGAUCCACAACUUCACCAGCAAGUGUCUGUACUGCAACCGCUAUCUCCCCAGUGACACGUUGUUAAACCACAUGUUGAUCCACGGGCUGUCUUGCCCACACUGCCGGGCCACCUUCAAUGACGUUGAGAAGAUGGUGUCCCACAUGCGGCUGUCGCACCCCGACGAGAGCGUUGGCCCACGCACAGAUUCUCCCUUGACCUUUGACCUCACUCUGCAGCAGGGCAAUCCCAAGAAUGUUCAGUUGAUUGUCACUACCUACAACAUGAGAGACGCCCCUGAGGAGUCGGUGGCGUUUCACGCUCAAAACAACAACACCUCUGCAUCAUCAGCCUUGUCUGCCUCUCUAAUAUCAGGCAAGAGAUUAAUGCCUCCGCACCCGCCCAAAAUACCUUCAGGGGCUGCUGACAGUGCACCCACCAAGAGUGCUCCACAAGCAUCUGUGCCCUACAAGCGGGACGUGGGCAAGACGCUGUGUCCUCUUUGCUUCUCUAUCCUCAAAGGCCCAAUCUCAGACUCUCUGGCCCACCACCUGAGAGAGAGGCACCAGGUGAUUCAGACAGUCCACCCUGUAGAAAAGAAACUGACCUACAAGUGUAUUCACUGCUUGGGGGUUUAUACUAGUAACAUGACUGCCUCCACCAUCACACUACACUUGGUGCACUGUCGAGGUGUAGGGAAGACUCAAAAUGGGCAGGACAGCCGGCCAGCUCAGUCUUCUCGGGUCAGCCAGGCCCAGAGCAGCGCUCUCAAACGAGCCAGCUUUGAUAGCUCUGACACUAGUGCGCCAAAACGAAGGAGGCCCCCUGGGGAAAGGGCCCACCCACGGGACAGCAACGGUCCAUCUACAUUUGUAGAAAAUCCAGAUGAACCUGUAGUUCUGGCUCUCGACCCCAAAGGACACGAAAACGAGUCGUACGAAUCCAGGAAGGCAUUUCUAACGCAGUAUUUCAAUCAAGCUCCGUAUCCCACGCGGCGGGAGGUGGAGAAGCUGGCAGCCAGUCUGUGGUUGUGGAAGUCGGACAUCUCCAGCCACUUUGUCAACAAAAGGAGAAAAUGCGUGCAAGAAUGCGAAACCCAGAAUGCCGGCGUGUUGCUCGGGUUCAGUAUGCACGAGGUCAGAAAAGUGAGCCACGAGCUGGCGUUUGUCCAGGAUGGCGUGUUCGAGGGCAGACAUAGCAAGAGACGGACAUCCAGCACAAAUAUAGGGGUGUCAGAGCAGGCUCUCCGGAAACAUAAGGAGCUUGUAGCUGCUAAUGGUGGUGUGGCGCUACCAUGGAAGGGAACUGGGGAAGGUACUAAAGCAAAGCCAUUUGUCCCAAAACCCAAUAGUGCCAGCAGAGACCAAACCAAGACAAUCAACAGCACCUUACCACAGAAAAUACCUCUAGACCUUUCAGAGCCCAUUGCCAUCGACUCUGACAGUGAUGAGGACAAGCAGCAGAAGGAUAACAAGGAACGAGAGGGAGAGGUACAUCUCCAUGGUAACAAACCGCUUGCCGGAGCUGAGGAGAGAAUAGAGCCGGGGACAGAGACUAAGAUGGUUUCAGAUCCAGACCACAUGUCAGACGAAGAUGACGACGAAGAUGAUGACGAUGACGAUGAUGAUGAGGAGGAGGAAGAGGCGCAUUUAGAGAAUGGCUUCGGUUCCACAGAGGGCUCAGAAAGACAGACUGCUAAAGGAAGGGACACUCUACCCAUCAUUAUUCCCAAGUUUGUACCAUCAUCUGCAAGAAGCAGGAGAGACGGGGCCCAGCUGGGAAAACAGCAGGUCUGACUGAUAAAAUCAAAAAGACUCACACAGUCGGAGACACUUUUAGAUUUGAUCCACGGCAACAAAUCUGCCUCGCCUGAACUGAAGGACACGGCCCGGUCACAUUGGGUAUCUGUGAAGGAGAACUCAAAACAAGCCACCCAAUGACUUUUAAAGGCAGGACUCAACGAGCAGCUAGGAAAGAUGUAAAGAUUUGUGAACAAAGGUUUUAAUGUUUCUUCUCCGAAUAGGGGAAGACAACAGAAGUCACACCAAACAAAUAGAACGUUUUUUGCCUUCUAUAUACUUUAUUACAUUGAGAUAAGGAGCUAUUAACGUUGAUUUAGCCACUGAACACGCAAGUGUGGCUUAAAAUAUUGAGUUGUUGUGAGGUAAAGCUUUUUAAGCUGACCAGAUAAUCCAUCAUUUUUCAUGUAGUUAUACAGCGAUGGUAGUGUAAAUUUGUACAGUCUUUUAGACAUGUUUUGACAGAUGUUGCCGUACAUGUACCCUUAAAUAUUUGCUAUUACCUGUGUGUAAGGUAACUUCAUAUGUUCUACAUUGGUAUGCUUAACGAUAGUUGUCGCUUUGGUGGCUGGUAUUUUCUUGUAUGUUUAAGUUUAUUUUUUAACAAAAACCUAGUUUUUUUGCAAAAUAAUAUAUCUAUAUAUAAAUGAAAUAACAGAAUUUGAUUUUGUUUUUGCUUUAAACCUGAUUUAGAUUUUUUUUUUCUUUAAUGAUUUCUGUUCUGAAAGAAUAGCAGUGCUAAGCUAUUCUCUUACAGUUUAAAGGAGCAUUUCAUCAACGUUCUGCAGCCUCAUGCUCAUGAGCCUUGACAGUACUGUACUUGCGUUCUAGUUUCACAAUUUAAACUUGGUGUUUCUUUGCCCAACAAGACUCGACAGUAACUACCACACUGACAUCCACAAAAACGAUUUUUUUUCUUUUUUAAAGACGGUUGUGUUUAUUUUGUGUUUUUUGAAUUGUGUGUAUUUGUUUUAUGUUUUCAUUUUUCACUUAAGCAUUUAUGAAAAAUAAAGUGCUGUAAUUGUGCUUCUCACAGAAA